CGAUACGGAGAAGUAGAUGGAAAUCGAAAAUAGGAAAGGAUUUAUAUCACGGAUAAACUCAAUUCGAACAAACACAUCGCAAGCAAAUUAAAACGCGCGUGGGAGCCGUUUCAAGUAACAAGGAAAUUAUUACUACUGCUAAUUUUUUAAAGUCUGGCGCCGCGGGAAUCGAGUAUCGCUAAUUCGCCAUACUCUUGUCCGAUAGUACCUACCUACUAGCAACUCCCUUAAACUGAAUCAGCGACAAAAAAAAAAAAGGGAACCACUCUAAGAUCUUGAAUUUCCAUAUUCCUUCAGCAGUAGGUGAUAUGAUGACUGCCAAAGGUCCACUGAGAGUCUUUUAUAUCGCAGAUCCAAAACUUCUGAUGUGUUGUGAUGCAGUGCCAAUAAUUCGUCAUAGGGCUUGCUUGACUCAUAGUCUCAUCACAGCAUAUGGACUCCUAGAUAAAUUGAAGGUCAUUCCUUCUGUCUCUGCAUCUGAAGAGGAAGUCAGAAAGUUCCAUUCUGAAGAAUAUGUUGACUUCUUGAAGACUGCAGAGGUUAAUAAAGAAGAUGUAAGUGAGGAUGAAUUUGGAUUGGGCUUUGACUGUCCUGUUUUGGAAAACAUGUGGAUGAUAGUAAAGCAGAUAGCAGGUGGCACCCUAACGGCUGCACGUGCUCUUGUCUCUAGGGAGACAAAUAUAGCUAUCAACUGGUGUGGUGGCUGGCAUCAUGCACAAAGGGAUUCUGCAUCAGGAUUUUGCUAUGUUAAUGAUGUUGUGCUGGGAAUCCUUGAACUUCGAACUAAAUUUGACAAGAUCUUGUACAUUGAUUUGGAUGUCCAUCAUGGAGAUGGAGUGGAGAAUGCUUUCUUGUUCAGCCCCAAAGUUGUCACUUUGUCCCUUCAUCAAAUGGAGGCAGGCUUUUUCCCUGGGACUGGAGAUGAAAAGAGCAUAGGUUUAGGAAAAGGGCGGUAUUAUGCUAUCAAUAUUCCAUAUAAAGCUGGAAUUUCAAACAAGCAAUUCAUUCAUUUAUUUGAAAGCAUUUUGUACAACUUAUGUGAAGUAUAUAUGCCAGAUGCUAUCGUAUGUCAGUGUGGGGCUGAUGUAAUAAGUGGUGAUCCCCUUGGAGGGGCAAAUAUUACACCAGAGGGCUUCAAAUCGGCUAUCCGACAUGUGUUGAAUCUCAGUAAGCCAACUCUCUUCCUUGGAGGAGGUGGUUACAAUAAAAUCAAUGCAGCAAAACUGUGGACCUUAGUAACAGCAUCCAUUCUUAACAUACCUCUCAGUCCAGAAAUACCAGAACACCAAUAUUUUCCUCAUUAUGGACCAAGUUUUGAGUUGGAAGUCACUGCAGGGUUACGCAAGAGUGAAAAUACAGAGAAGUCAUUGGAUGACACUAUUAGAAGCGUUCAGUAUAACAUUGAACAUCUGGCAGUUCUUCUUGGAAAGAAAUGACUAGGUUGUAGUCAGAAUAUGUUUUCUCUGUGAUAUGUACAUUUGUUUGUAAUUUCAGGCAUAGCUCUGUGUAGACCAACAUGACUCGUUUUUCAUGUAAUAUUCAUGAACUGCUGAAUGCAUGGAGACAUUUUAUAAUGUUAGGAAAUAUUUAGGGGAACAACUACUAACUUUUUAAGGAUUUUAUUAAAUUAAAACAUUUUAGCUCAUUUUUAAACCAAAAAAUUAUAUUUUGAUAGUGUGGGCUUCAUAAGACAGACCAACCAAUAUUAAAGAAUUCUAUUAUACAGGUAGUCCCGGGGUUAUGACAGGGGUUCCGUUCUUGAGGUGCCUUGUAAGCCGAAAAUCAUUGUAAGCUGGAACAGCGUCAAAAUCCUAAGAAAACCUAACUUUUAAUGCUUUGGGUGCAUUAAAACUAUGUAAACUACAUUCUUAUUGCAUUUUUCAUCAAAAAAAACUUCAAAUUUGAUUAUUUUGCACUUUUGGUGUCAUAUUUCUUCUGCCAGAUCAACGUUGUAGUUGCCGUAACCCUGGGACAUGCAUUGUAACCUUGAAAAUAAUUUUGGUGAUUAUAAUUGAAAAGCGCCUUAACCUCAGAACAUCAUAAACUGAACCCUUCGUAACCCGUGGACUGAUUGUAGUUGGUAUUGGCCAGAAUAGUUCCUUUGAUUUGAUAGUGAUAAGUCACAACCUUACUUACAAACAUUCUGAAAUAUGAACAGACUUCUUUGCUACCUGUAAAUUCAAAUUUUGCUGUGUGCCUAUUCUGCUAGUAAGAAGUUUUGUGAAGAACAGAACAUGAGGAACAAGAACCUAUUCCUUUAACCCUUAACCCUUAGGAGCCAGUAUAAGAAGUUAAAAUGCAGUAUCCCAGACUGAGGAAACUUUGAAAUUGGCUAAUUUAAGGAAAAAACACCUAGUGAAAGAGGAAGAUAUACAAAUGCACAUGGUGUAAGAAAAAAUUCUAACAAAUUUUCUCUGCCUUCCACGAGAAUUUGAAAUUGACCAUUCAUAACCCCUUGUGGGGUUACAAGACAAUUAUAAAUUUUACCAAGUAUUACAUGAUUUUUGCUAAAAAGUAAUGUUUAUUUUAUUUUGUAAAAUUAUAAUCACAGCUCACAAUAUCAAAACAGAUAAGCCCCUUUACUCUGAUCUCAUGACUCUCUCAUAGUAUGCCCUAAACAGUGGUCUAGAAUAAUUUUGCAUUUGUUGUGGUGUGUUGAAAAAAUAUUGCAGUUAUCUGUUGAGGUAAGCUAAGUGUGUAGUCAUGAUCCCUGUAAAUUACUUUUUCCUUAAAAAUUUUUCUGCGGUUAGGUGUAAAUGUUAAACUUACUACCUGGUGCAUUCUUCAAUAUGGGGAUUUUGGAUUAGGCUACAUCAUGCAUUUUGCUUUUUCUGUCAACUUUGACAAUUUUCAGAUGUUAGAAAUUUUAUCUUUGAAACAAUUGGUCAGUGGUUUUUUCAUAUAUACAAUAUAUAGAUAGUUUUUGUUUAUGUAGUGAAAAGGAAAAUUAAUUUUUUAACCUAAAUGCUAACUUACUAUAUGAUAACCAUAACUUGCAGUUUCCCCUAUGUAUUUAACUUUGGCAUAGUUUUAAAGUAGGUAUUCCUUUUUUAUUUUUAUUAAAAAUUUUGAAACAUUUUAAAUGAAUUAUAUACUAUAGAAAUUUUCUUGUGAAGGAAUUUUGUAUUAUUGGGAGUGGAAAGUGUGUUCAGACAGAUCUACACUUAGUAUUUAUGUAUUACUCCAACAAACUGUGGUGUCACAGCUUCUUUUUCAAUAAGAUAUACAGUAGUGCCUCAGGAUACGAAAUUAAUCCGUUCCGAAGCGGCCUUCGUAACCUGAUUUUUUCGUAUCUUGAACUACAUUUUACAUGUAAAUUGCCUAAUUCGUUCCAAGCCCUACAAAAGCACCACAGUAAAUUUUAUAAUAAAGCUAAAUUGACCAAUAAACAAUGAAAUACAACAAUUUGGACCAUUCAAUGCCUAACAUAACCUUUAUUGUGGUAUGUACCUGUAAAUAAAGUGUAUUAGUGUACAUGGUGCAAGAAAUACUUUAUGUACAUGUACGUACAUAUGUAGUAAAAUGUGGAACCUUACCUUUUGAGCAAGGUGAUCUCCGAAAGUGGCGACAGAGGAGAAGGACAAACGGCAGAAAACAUGAACACUUAACUUUACGAAACACAUUAAAAAAUGGCAGAAAACAUUAACACUAAACUUUACGAAACACAUUAACAAAUGGCAGAAAACAUUAACAAUUCUUGAUUAUCUACAUCUUCGUUCUCCAUAGAAAGCUUCCUCUUCUUCCCGUGAACUUCAGUGACAUUCUUGGGACCCAUGGCUAAUAACGUAAGUAAUUAAGUUCACACACAACAUGAUAAAGUAACUUACAGUACAAUGAAAGCGAGAUCACUAACACAAAUUUACGUUAACAAAGGAAAUAUAUGUGAACGAACAAAUUCCAGUGUUUACGAUAACGCUGCCGCAAAAAAUGGUCAAGGAAGGCCUUUACAUAGAGGCAUGAUGCUGACCAAUAGGAGAGCAGGAUCUUAUGGCGGUGACUAGCAUCAGGAACCAAUGGGAGAG